GCAAUCACUACGCCAUCUCAUCCAUGUGGACCACCUGAAAUACCAUGUCUGCUGCUCGUCCAUCCACAAUUCCGUGUUUUGUUCUCCGUUCAUACAUUCGUGUAGCAUCUUAGUUUUUUAAUUGUCGCAAACGCCAUGGCCGGCCAAUUCAGUACUCCGCUUGAGCCGCCACUGAGCGAAGAAACGCUCGCGGCUAUUAACGCCCAACUCUCUCAGCUUUCUCCACAAGACAUCCUCGCAUGGGCACUCACAAACCUCCCUGCACUCUACCAGACCACAGCUUUCGGGCUCACCGGGCUCGUCGCCCUCGAUAUGCUUUCCAAGUCCGGCCGCCCGAUCCCGAAACUCAUUUUUCUGGAUACGCUGUACCACUUUGCGGAAACAUAUGAACUCGUGCAGCAGGUGCGAGAGCGGUAUGCUGUUGAUAUAAGGGUAUACAAGCCCGAGGGGUGCGAGACAAUUCGAGAUUUUGAAAAGAAGCACGGCGAAGAACUGUGGGAGAAGGACGAGGACACAUACGAUUUUGCGGUCAAGGUUGAGCCAGCCCAGCGUGCGUACCAGGAGCUUGGCGUGCGCAGUGUCAUCACGGGCCGGCGCAGAUCUCAGGGUGGCGAUCGUGCUUCCCUCCAGCCGCUUGAGGUCGACGAAACAGGGCUCCUUAAGAUAAACCCACUAUUUGGGUGGUCGUUCGCGCAGGUCGAUGAGUACAUCCGCGAGAACAACGUUCCGAGGAAUCAGCUGCUCGACCAGGGAUAUCGUAGUGUCGGUGACUGGCAUAGCACGCAGCCCAGUCGUGAGGGAGAUACUGGCGAGCGUGCCGGUAGAUGGGCAGAUAAGGGGGAGAAAACUGAAUGUGGUCUCCAUAAGAACUUUUUUGAGAUGAAGUUGAGGGCAAAGCUCGAGGAGCAACGCAUACCAGCAGAAGAAGUGACAACUGCUUCAGAGGUAGUCACUCCUCCCGCAUAAUUAAUUUAAUGGUGUAACGAUGCUUAGAAGUCUUGAAUAUGUAUCACUAUCCAUUUCCCCGUAUAAGCGCUGGUCUAAGGGCUUGAGAAUCUUCCUUGGUUGGGCAACGU